CCUCCGGCCGCGCAAAGUUCGCAGGAGGCGACAGAUGCUGCCGCAGCAAGUUGGCUUCGUGUGCGCCGUGCUGGCCCUGGUGUGCUGUGCGUCCGGCCUCUUCGGCAGCUUGGGACACAAAACUGCUUCUGCUAGCAAACGCGUUUCACCAGAAACAUGGCGAAAUAGAAAGUUGAUGGCACCAAUGAAUGGAACUCAGAUGGCCAAGAACUGCACUGAUCCUGCAAUUCAUGAGUUUCCCACAGACCUGUUCUCCAAUAAGGAGCGACAACACGGAGCUGUCCUGCUGCAUAUCCUUGGUGCUUUGUACAUGUUCUACGCCCUGGCCAUCGUGUGUGAUGACUUCUUUGUCCCAUCCCUAGAGAAGAUCUGUGAGAAACUCCAUCUGAGUGAAGAUGUGGCCGGAGCCACCUUCAUGGCUGCAGGAAGCUCCACGCCAGAGCUGUUUGCCUCUGUGAUCGGCGUGUUCAUCACACACGGGGAUGUGGGCGUGGGGACCAUCGUGGGCUCUGCCGUGUUCAACAUCCUGUGCAUCAUCGGAGUGUGUGGACUGUUCGCUGGCCAGGUGGUGCGUCUGACGUGGUGGGCCGUGUGCAGAGACUCGGUGUACUACACGCUCUCGGUCGUCGUGCUCAUUGCGUUCAUAUACGAUGAAGAAAUCGUGUGGUGGGAAGGCCUGGUGCUCAUCAUCUUGUACGUGUUUUAUAUUCUGAUCAUGAAGUACAAUAUGAAGAUGCAAAUGUUUUUCACAACCAAACAAAAGAGCAUUGCCAAUGGCAACCCCGUGAACAGCGAACUGGAGGAUGGUAAUGAUUUCUAUGGCGGUAGCUAUGAUGACCCGUCCAUGCCGUUGCUGGGGCAAGUGAAGGAGAAGCCACAAUACAGCAAGCCCCCGGUGGUGAUGGUAGACGAGGUCCUGAGCUCCAGCCCUCCCAAGUUCAGCUUCCCCGAGGCUGGCUUGCGCAUCAUGAUCACCAACAAGUUUGGACCCAGGACCCGGCUACGGAUGGCCAGCAGGAUCAUAAUUAAUGAGCGCCAGAGACUGAUCAAUGCCGCUAACGGAGUGAGCAGCAAGCCGCUUCAGAACGGGAGACCUGAGAACAUCGAGAACGGAAACGUCCCUGUGGAGAACCCCGAGGAUGCUCAGCAGGACCAGGGCCAGCAGCCGCCCCCACAGCCACCUCCUCCCCCAGAGCCCGAGCCCAUAGAGACCGUCUUCCUGUCCCCCUUCUCCCUGCCUGAGUCGAAAGGGGACAAAGCCAAGUGGGUGUUCACCUGGCCGCUCAUCUUCCUCCUGUGCAUCACCAUCCCCAACUGCAGCAAGCCCCGCUGGGAGAGGUUCUUCAUGGUCACCUUCCUCACGGCCACGCUGUGGAUCGCCGUGUUCUCCUACCUCAUGGUGUGGCUGGUGACUAUUAUUGGAUACACGCUUGGGAUCCCUGACGUCAUCAUGGGCAUCACCUUCCUGGCAGCUGGCACGAGUGUUCCUGACUGCAUGGCCAGCUUGAUCGUGGCGAGACAAGGCCUGGGAGACAUGGCGGUGUCUAACACCAUAGGGAGCAACGUGUUUGACAUCCUGGUGGGGCUUGGCAUUCCGUGGGGCCUGCAGACCAUGGUUGUUAAUUAUGGAUCCACGGUGAAGAUCAACAGCCGGGGUCUAGUCUACUCUGUGGUGCUGUUGCUGGGCUCUGUUGCUCUCACUGUCCUCGGCAUUCACCUCAACAAGUGGCGUCUGGACCGGAAGCUGGGCAUCUACGUGCUGGUUCUUUAUGCCGUCUUCCUGUGCUUCUCCAUCAUGAUAGAAUUUAACGUCUUUACCUUCGUCAACUUGCCCAUGUGCCGAGAAGAUGACUAACGCUGAGCUGCUGUCCCGGGAGCUGUUGUGGCCUCCCCUGUGACACCAGCGUCCCCUCUCUCUCUCUCCUUCCCCACCACAGAUCUCUCCUGCCUCCGCAGCCACCAUCUGUUCGCUCAUGAGCUGGAAGGAAGGGCCAGCAUGGUCAUUGUCUGACCACAGGCCGGGCUGCUAGG